GGAGCCGCCCGUGCGGCGCGCCGCUCGGUCGGGGCCGAAGCGGCCGCCGUCGCCGUCUGUCUCCACAUACCAGCACCGUCGCCGACGCGAGAGGUCCGUGCAGCUGCCGAGCCCACCGGGCCGAUAAUGUGCUCACGCCGUUCGGCUGUCUACGAUGCCGUGUUCUCCCGGUCUAGCUGAGUUUGAGGUGGAUGUGAUGGGUCACGUGAUGUCCGAGGUUCCCGAGACGGGCGAGAAGCGGCCGCCCGAGUACGCCGCCGAGCAGCUCAUCAAGAGGAUCCGGCCGGGCGGCUGGACGGAGGAGACGCCGCCGCCCUCGCCGCACGAGUCGUCCUCCGAGGCGAGCGAGGACGAGUCCGAGGACGAAGAGGAGGAGGAGGAGGAAGCCGAGAAGGGCUACCAGGGCAGCAUCCUCGCCUCGUGCCUGCUCUCCGACAAACGGUCGGGGUUCGCCGCUGAGCCGGAGCCGGCCUGUGAGCUGGGUCGAGCUCCCGGACAGGGGGCAGGUUUCGGAGGGUGGUACGCCGAUUCCGGCUACCAGCGGCCGCAGAAUCAGACCGUCGAGUGCGACGGUAAGAGCUACAUACAGUUGGGCGCGGUGCCGGCGCGGCGGGAGCGCUCACAGUUCUACCGGUACCAGAGGUUCACCGCGCUGCAUGCCACGCUGAUAAAGCUCAGCCGGCACCGGCGCACCAUGGACCCGCUCCUGAGGAAGUCGGUGCUGCUCUUCAACACGAUGAGGCACAUCGAGCGGGAGUUGGAACAGGAGGGUCUCACUCUGGCGGCUGCCUUCAACCCGCACCAGUUCGACAGCGGUCCUCUGACGCUGGACCCGCCGCCGGUGCACUCUCCGCCGCCGGCGCCGCCGACACCGCCCCCGCCGGCGCCGCUGCCGCCGCCGCCCUCUGACGAGAUCAACUGGGGCUCUGUGCUGAGCCUGGGCAGCCAACCCGACAUGGAGCUGCUGCCCUGCGACCCGGCGCCGCCGACACCGCACUGGCCGCUGCCGCCACUCUCCGCAGACGUGUUGCGAUCGGUGCCCGAGCGACGAGACGACCUGUCGCCGCCGCCGGCCGACACGGUCUCCCUGCUGGCGCUGUAGCGCCGCCCGCGCCACCUGGCGCCGCAGCUGUGAUAUUGGAGUACCUGGGUCGACCGCUCGGCGGCGCCGCUGUCGCGUCGCUCGCUCAAACGCGCCUCCGCAUGGCAGUGUCAAACCGGAUAGUACAAAUCGGCUCGCGCACGAGCGCACGCGGUGGGGAGGCGGGUAUCGGACUGGGGCGGCGGACCCAUUCCAGCGGACAUUAUCCAGUCGUCACAAGUUGAAGUGUCAUCGAGCGCACACAAUCAUGACAGGUCGCUCAAAUAGGCUCGAUCCGACGGUGCUCACAAAUGACGUUGCGAUGUAGUGGUUAGACGUGUUCAGCGCUGGCAGCCGCUCCUCAAGCCAUUCGACUCAUGAUCAUCCAAUGCGGAAUAUAUUAAGACUCAUGACGGGCGUGGCCUUAGAGUCAACAUGUUCAUAACGUCGCAAUAGCCAGCAGUGGCACUCAAUUUGCUGAAAUUUU